GUUUUCUGUAUUUAUUUGAAUAUUUGUUUUUUUUUCCUAUUUUAGAAUGGUUGUGAAAAUCCGGUUACAAAGGUUUGGAAUUAAGAAAUAUCCAUUUUACCAUAUUGUUGUUUGUAAUGCAAGAACAGCAAGACAGUCUAAACCAAUAGAAAAAUUAGGAACUUAUGACCCUAUACCUCGAGAAGAUGGUACCAAAAAUAUGGAGAUCAAUUUUUUAAGAACAAAAUAUUGGUUAGGAGUAGGUGCACAACCUACAGAUGUCGUAUAUAAACUGCUUGAAAAGAUUUCAUUAUUACCACCUAAACCUCGUUUAAGAGAUAAAGAAAAAAAAGAUGUAUAAUAUAAUAUUGUUGUAUAAAUGUCUAUGUUUAGUUAUAUAUUUUGAA